AGAUCAAUCAUGCACCAUCCGCUUUUGGCCAACCCAUCCCCCUGUAGACAGGUUUCAACGAUCUAAUCUUAGACCGUUGCUUCCAAUUGUGUCAACGAAAUUGCACAUGAUCCACUCGAACCUGCAGAUAGCUACACAGUGCUCGCGUCAACUUUCUUUGAUGUAAUACAACCUGUAAAACUUAAAAUAUUCGUAAAACAUCACACUUCAGUCCAAUAUUUCCCUAGUGUAAUCCACAAACACAAAAAUGUCAAAAGUUCCGAAGGUUCAAGAGAUUUUCAGCAACCCCGCCCUCGGGAAGAACAACGCCUUCGUGUUCACGGAGCAGGAGACCAAGCAGCAGAUCCAGCUCUCCAAGAAAAAGGCUGGCAAUGGCCAGAUGCCGAUCAUGAAGAAAUUCGGUGGCUACAAGCCCAAGAUUCUGGGAGGGGAAACGGAUUUCCUGGCCCUGCAGAAAGAUACCACGCUGGAUUCACUGAACCAAGAGAGUCGAACGAACAGACUUCUAACAAAGCCUCAGCCGUGGAUUAUAGGCGACAAAAAUGUGCCUAUGGUGCUGGGUUCGGUGCAUGAUGAUGAUGAUGAUGAUGAUAUUGAUGAGAAUGGAAAUAAUCACGAGAAUGAAGAUAUCGAGAAGCGAAAGAACGGAGAGAUUUAUUCAAUGAACUACAGCAGCGAAGAUAGGGUUAACGACAUUGGCAAUUCCUUGCGGACACAUUCCAUAUCAUCAGAGACAUCCACCCUCAUAUCCAGUCACUCCAAUGAGCGUAUCCAGGGUUUCGACAAUCCAGCUUUACGCGCCAGCAGUUCCAUGUCGGACACGAUGUCCACAGGUGGGCAGGAGGUCGUCACGGAAAAUCCCAUCUUUACCCACGGCAGCAGUCAUGAGCCCGAAGAGCAAGGUGGGGAAAUCCAGGAGGGUGUUUACAUUCCUGCACCAGAUUAUGACGAGGAGGAGAGAACUAUUGAUUUUAACUCGGAAGACACAGAUGACCCGGAUAGCAACGAGGAAAGCCAGAAGCCGAAACAGCCCAAAGCCAAACCUUUAGGCAAGGUAUACGGUGGGGAGGACUUGUCUCAUUACCUCACGGAUGAUGAGGUGGACGAAAAUGAGGUGGAGCUACGGUCCAAUCAGAAAUCGCAGAAGGGCUCGAGCACUCUUGGCAGAAAAUCAAAUUCUGACCUCGGACCAAAAGUCAGUCAGAAGCACUCUCUGUUCAAACAGCAGUCGCAGCAGUCGAAGAACAAAAGAAACAGUGGCAAAGUAACGUCUCCCGGAUUUAACAGUGUUAGGAGUUUCAGCUACGCCGAUUCCAAAUUCGGCACCACGAAGAACAAAUCUGGCAGCAAGCACAACUUAUCGUUCUCUGAGCUUACAGACGACAGCGAGACGUUCCUCAGCACCAACACCCAUCAGAGUUCCUACGAGUCGUUUCUGCGGUCACGUAACGGCGAUGCCAUCCCGAGCACCGAUUUGAACGACAGCGGGGUGGAAAUGGGAGAAGAUGGGACAUUUUCUCAGCGUAAAAGUAAAGACGAGACGCUAUGGAAGAAAAUGACACUGCGACUGAAACACAAGAUAAGUAAGAAAGGUUCAGCUGUCAAAGAGCACUGAUCAAUCUCUUGUGAAUUUUUUCAAAAAAUAAUUUAAAAUCAAAUAUAGAUAUGGAUUUAAAUGGAAAGAUUCGACACUUCAGUAUAAGGGAUGAAUUCAGUGCAAGGGGUGUGUCCAACUUAAAUUUUGUUAAGCGGAAGCGUCUCGAUAGGGUGUCUCAAAAAGUAAAGCAUUUAUUUUGUGAGCAUUUUUUUUGUUAUACUACAAGCAAGAGGGAAACUAACUUGUGGAUGCUGUAAUGCGGGGAUCGUAAACCACCCCCACCCGAUGCACUGCACAGCUUUAAAGAAGCAACACUCGGAAAAAUCAAGGGUUGUCUCUUACUCUUACUGUACACAUAUGUUGUCUUAGUGUACACAUGUACGCAGGAACGUCAUUGCAAUGUCCCUAGUUUCAGACCAGUCGGAUCAGGUUUUAAAAAAAAAAUUUAAUGAGCUAGAAAUAACUCGCCAAAACAAUUGCGCCAGAAAUGCGCAUACAGGUACUUCCCAUCUACUCAAGUUACUUGACAAAACAAGAUUCAAGUAAGGCACUUUAUAAAAAAUCCCAAUUAGUGCUAACUUCUGGGCAUUGUAUUUUGCGCGCCUAAUGAACACAGCAUUACAGCCAUACAUUCCAGAGAAUUUUUAUUUGUGAUGAGUUGUGGUGAUUGUAUUAGGAUACAUGUCUUGUUCACAUUUUAUGUUCAAGAUAUAUUUUAAAAUAUUUUCAUGGCUCUUUGAGUUGAAGAGAAAAAAGUCCCAAAUUACACUAGAAUGCCAGCAUCUGAUGGUGAAGGAUCUGAGGUGAAGGAACUGGACAGGCUCAUGUUUUACUUGUGAUAGCCCAAUGUAGGUUCAAAGGUGGUCCUUUCUGUUCUGGCCGUGCCAAAGGGAUUAAUAGCUAACUUAAGAUACCACCAGUGUAAAGAGAGAGUUUCAAAGUACAUCUGCUGUCAAAUCUGUGAAAUCCAUUCUUGUACAUCAACCAUGCAAUGUUUUUAAUUACAUGAUACUGGUAUACCAAAGUCAUGACAUAUUUGCAUGUAUGAUAUUAAUAAUUGGUUUAGCGCUUCAUUUCUUUGUUAAAUGUCAAUGACAACUUCUCCUAGUCAUUCUGGCCUGUGUUACAAUAUAGAAUGGGAGAAAAUGGUUGCACACAAUUUCAUGAGAAUAUCAAACAGUUUUCAAAAAAAAAAAAAAAAUCUGAAUAUCUUUGUUACUGGUCCUAUAAGUUGUAUUGAAUUUUGUUAUAACUCUUAUUACCAUUGAUGAAAUGGCUUCCAGGAUAUUUAUGACCACAGUUAUAUCAUUAUGUUUAGAGGCUGUGUUGAAAGUUGAAGUGCCAUCUAAAAUCCAUAGGCUGAGAUACAAACAAAAUGGGCCAUCUCCAAAAUCAUAUUUCAUGUCUGUAAAAGAAACCGUCUUCGAGUUUUAUAAUCCUCUCUUAUAAUUUACUGCAAAGAUAAGAUCACUAUUUGUUAAUAUACAUAAAUAUGGUUAGGAUUAAAAUAAGUAAAUGUUGCUUAUGGAUAAUUUUUAUAUAUUGUUAUAAUUGAUGCAAACUAUGGAGCAGGUAAGAUGAUGGGCUGCAUUCUUCCGGGCAAGAUCUCUUUAAAUAAACUGGUAAAAACUGGAUUGUAAAUGUUCUUGACAGUUGUAAGUACCCUGGUACUUCACAUGCUAAAUAAAUUAAAUAAAUAAUUGCUUGUGGCCAUGGAGGUGAAGUCAUCUUAUAUAUAGUUUCUGAUUGGAGGUGAAGUCAUGUUAUAUAUAGUUUCUGAUUGGAGGUGAAGUCAUGUUAUAUUCUGAUUGCAUUAACUAGCAUUAUCUUCCUUGACAACUUGUGUUUGUUGUUGAGCCAAAAAUAGAGUUGAUAUAUAUUGCUUAUUGCACACAGUGAUAAGAUAAAAUAAAGAUAUAAACUGUCAGCCAAACAUAUUAGCCAUCAUAUUUUGUACCUUAUAUUUUGAAUAUAUACAUAAUAUCCCAACUGCAUUAUUAUAUAACAGAAAGUACUAUGAAUAGGGCAUGCUUGGAAAUUUUUCAGUGGAUCUAACUAAAUUUUCACCUGGUUUAUUUAAGUUUAUUUGAAAAAAGUAAUGAUGAGAGCGAGGAAUGCAGGAAUGUGUAAAUUAUUGAGUUGAAAAGGUUGUGUGUGUAAAAUUAUUAGGUUUGGUGUGUAAAUUUUAAGUUGCCCAUACAGUGGACCCUCAAUUUUUGUCAUUAAUCCAUUCCCAGCCCUUGAAAACCAAUCCCGGGAAAUAAUCGCACAUAAAAUUUUAAUUACGGUACUUAUUAACCAUUAGUUAUUAAAUAAUUGAUAGUUAUGACAAAUGCCUUAAAUGUUGUCCCACAUAGUUACAUAAAUUUGAACCAGAAAUGAUGAAAUGAUCCUUCUAUUAAGCAACCUUUUCUCCUCUGGCUUCCCUUCCAUUUUCCUAACCACUACUAAAGCUAACAGGUAAUACAAGGGACUCUACUAUACCAAAUAGUAAAAUCACACAGACAGUGGUCACAUAUUUCUUUAAAAUAUAGCUGCAAAAACUAUUAAAAAGAAUAAACUAGCACUUUGAAUCAUAGCCUGAGACUGACUGACGGGGCAGGUGGGGUAAAUAUACAAUUUUCGGGUGAAUCUCAAAGACAUGUGUCUAUAAAAAAAAAAAUAUUAAAAACCAUGAAUUUGGACAAAAACAAUUAUUGAGGGUCUAACUACUUCAGACAGGAAUGUAGAUUAAUACAUAUAACAAUGGGGAUUACUUUUGGUAAUAAAAUAUAUUUAUUAUUGCAGACCUGUUUACUCUGACGAGUUUGAGGUGUGUAUACAUUUUACAUAUACUGUAUGUUUAUUUUUUACUAUUAAGAUAAUGUAUUGAACAAUUUUGUGAUGAUAUUGUACGAUUUAAAGAGUUUGAGGGUAAACAGGUC